AUGAGGUGUCUUUGGAGAUCUAGACUAUUGGUUAAUUUUGCGAUAUUCACCUACCCUAGAAUCUUUCUGGAGAACUUCGAGAAUCAUUUUAUUCCUCAAAGGAUAUUUUCCGCUCUCUCCACACCAAAGUAUAAAGACAAAUUUGCGAUUGGAUCAAAGAAGAGAAACACAAAGUAAGUUAGCUGAAGCCUGUUAAAUGUAUUAUACUUUUUUCUUUUUGAACAAGAAACUGAAGGGAAAAUUUGAAUAUUUUAUGAUAUAUGGAAGGCCACUGAAUACUUAAACUGUUUCCUUAGGGGAUGAGUGAAAGUUGAAAGUGGGCUGGACAAACCUGAAGACCUAGGUGGGGAGUGAGGAAACCCCCCCCCCCCACACACACACAAAUAAAAUAAAAACAAACCUUCCUUUGUAUGACAUCUCUAUUUGAUCAUUUUGUCUUUUAUUGGUAGGAAAAAUUCAGGCCAAGGGAGGAAGGUAAUGAUUCUAUAAUGUUGAAAUGAAAAUAGUAUGCCUGGCUGCCAUUUUAGUUCCAUAAAGAUAUUGUUAUGUCUGAGUAGAACCAAAGUGGUUUUUAUAAGCAUCCCCUUCAUUUUCCAUAGCAAAGAACUAAACAAUUUAUAAAUGUUUUAUGCCACUUUGGCUAUGGUCUAAUGAUAAUUUACCAGUGCAAAUAUAUUUUUAUGAUGAUUGUUCACUUUGAUUCUUUAUUAAACCCAGCUGUCACCAUCAUGGAAACAGAUUGAUGUCUUUGAGUUGGACCCCUUAAAGGGAGAUGAUGCACCGAACAUCCCAGACACUGUCAGAGAGCGUGCAGUGUCUGACAUUUUGCUUGGAGUCAUUCAGGAUGUGCUGAAUGGUCCAGAGAUGGAACCUGCUCUGCGUCCUGUCCUGGGAAAUUUUCACGUGGAGAUUACACGGGUACUGUUAGUGAAAUUCCUGUUCUGUUCCAAUUAUGAGCACAAGUCAGUUUUAAGUAAUAUGUGCUGGAUUAUUUAUUUAGCUCCAGGAGGGGAAAUACCACAAACUGGGUGUGGUUUUCAGGUUUUUCUGGUUUGUCGUGCUUGCUGUCUUUCUCUCUUCCACAAAUUCCCCGCUUUUUUCUUUGUUUUGUGGUUUAUGUUAAUUUUACAUGGGGCAGGUAUAAUUUGAUAAAUAUGUAUUUUAUUGAAAUUAAUUUUGAACUUUUUCACCCAGGUUAAAAUGACUCCAAACCUUAGAAGUGCCUCUGUAUUCUGGAGAGUUGCAGAUGAAUUACAAGGCAGUGAACAGAGUGUUCAGAUGUUGUUAAAUGAAAACAGGGACCACAUCAGGUAGCUAGAAUGUUUUAAGCACUUUUUCUGCCUCAUAGCAGCUCUGAAUGUAAAUUAAAUUAAAUUUUUUUUACUUGUGCUACGGACUUUGCCAAAAAGGUGGACCUGCUAGAUUUAUGAGUGAGUAUUACUUUACUUUUCACCCUUAGGAAGCUUCUUCCUGCCUAUUCCACUCGACCUCGCUUUCCCCAAAUGUCUUUUAUCAAAGAUAGAAAAGCUGAAUAUGAAAGAACAGUGGAGCAGCUUAUUCAAGAGGCCAAGCAGGCAGAUGGCUUUAUAAAAGACUCUAGCAAAAUAUCUGAAGAAGUCUGAGUCAUUCAUGAGAUUCAAAAUUGUACAUGGUAUGGAAUCACAGAUAAAGAUUAUUAAAGAAGUUUUGAAAGAGGUGUAAUGAAGUUGGUGGAGAAAUUUCAACCUUUCUGCCACACUAUUUUUCUGCUCAUUUUUGGAGUAGCAAUCUCCCAGGUUUUCUCAGCCUGAUGUGUCUCAAAUGAAUGUUUUACAUGUCAUGAUGGAACUAAGAAAGUCAGAUGUGGCAUAUGUUAACACUUGAGAAACUGGCAAGUUUUGCUUUGUUUCUGAUUUGCAUCUCUCCUUCACAAGAAAAAAAACUGCUCUGGGGUGAAAUUGCUCUUCCCCUGACACGAGUUGCUCAAGGACAGACCUUACCAUCAGCCACAAAAUUACUCUCCUCAGGCAGGUGUUGGUGGCACAAACUUUUCAGUUCAACAGGGAGUAAUUCUCCCAUUUAUAAGCUUUAUUAAUGAAGAACGCAAUGAAAAAUCUCCAUAGAGGGGUUGUAUGUGAUACUGUGAUUAGGGCCGUGUGAAAGGUGCACAACCCUGCAUACUGCCUCAUGUAAAAAAAUGAAACGAGGAAGAAGGAAGAGGAAGAACAGCUGUCUUACAAUAAUGAUGUGCUUAUUGACUGAGUCACUGCAGGUUGGAGAGGAAAAUAUUUGGCCUUUGAUCACUCCAGCCUUACUAGGCUGAGAAAAAAGUUGCUAUAUAGAAUGAGAUGCUUAGGUUUUAUUGUCACUAUUGUCAAAUGCAAGGAAUGAGAGGCUAAGAACGAUAUACUGU